AUGGGGAAAAUGGGAUUGAUUAUACCCAAAGGGAAAGAAGGAAGGGGUUGGAAGGAAUGUAGAAGUUUUCUUGACGAGUUUUUGCUUAGCCAAGGGAGAAGAAUCCAUCAGGCAAAUAGGGUAUUGUGGCUACAAACAGAGACAAAGAACGGAGACAGUUUGGUGCAGAAACAAGAGGCUGUCAAGACUCCAAUGUUUGAUGAGGUGAUUCUCAGAGACAAGGAGAGAUGGAAAAAGGCUGUUGUGUGUAAUGGGGAGAAUGUGACCAAUUCGUGGCAUUGA